CAUGCAAUUCUCCGCUGCAAGAACCGGGGGCGGCCUCCAACGACUUGUUAUUCGCUUCUUAUUACUCAGCAUCGUCUCAAAUCAAUCCCCUCCACCCAAACAAACCACACACAGUUUUGGACUCUUGUUCACUGCCAGACUUGCCAGAGGGUGGGUGUGUCGGGCCCAAGCCACCCUGGGCUGGGCUGGGCUGAGAGGCGACUUCAGCCACGUCUGAGACUGGAGCGUUGGUCGUUGCGUCUCACUAUUUUA